UCCGUGCACAUUAACCAGUCUCGGUGGGCAUCUUGCGCUCUCCUCCGCUGAUCAGCAAAACACCAUCGGCUAAUUAACGGUACGGUUGCAUCGCAUCCAUGGCGUCCGGAGGGUCCGUGCAUGCGGCGGCGGCGGUGCUCCUGCUGGCGGCGCAGCUCCUCUGUGUCGGAGCGGCGGAUGCGGAUCAGGAGACGGGGACCGUCAUCCCCGCGGAAAGUCGCCCCUGUGUGGACUGCCAUGCCUUUGAGUUCAUGCAGAGGGCGCUGCAAGAUUUGAAGAAGACGGCCUUCAACCUGGACGCCCGGACGGAGACGCUGGUGCUGAGGGCGGAGAGGAGGGCCCUGUGCGACUGUAUGGCCACCAGCUCGCUGCGCUGAAGACUGGAAAGCAACCCCCCCCCCACUCCAUCCCCCCAUCCCUCACCAUUUCCUAACCUCUAACUCAUGUGCAGCGACUCUCAU